AUGGAAGAGUUUUAUAGAAAUAAAACGAUUUUGGUGACCGGUUGCACCGGUUUUUUGGGGUCUAUGCUCGUCGAGAAGUUUUUGCGCAUAUUUCCCGAUCUAUCGAAGCUAUACCUAUUAGCUAGGAAGAAAGGACCGAUGAGUUUCAAUGAGAGGAGCAAAGAAUACUUCGAAGAUCCGAUUUUUGAGCGAAUGAUUUCCGUCAAUCCCAAUUACUAUGAGAGAGUUCAGUGGAUCGAAGGAGACUUAACGAUGCCUCAAUUGAACUUGUCCAACGACGACUUGCAGGCCAUGAAAACUGUGGAUAUUAUUAUACAUAUUGGGGCUUCGAUAAAUAUGCAGAAUCCGCUUCACGAGAUGAUAAAGAAUAAUUUAUUAGGAACAUCGGAGCUGCUCAAGAUCAGCUUAGACAACAAAAACAUAAAAUGUUUUAUGUACGUUUCAUCUGCUUUCUCGAAUGCGAGGAGAUCAUGUUCUCGCAUCGAGGAGAAGAUAUACGAUCCAGUUUUAAAACCAGAAACGUUGCUGGAUAUAUAUAACUCUUUAACCAAUGAAGAACUGAAUGAAAUUGAAAACACGUUAAUGCAAGAUUGGCCCAAUUCGUAUACGUUUUCAAAAAAUGUGACCGAGUACCAUUGCGACACGUUUAAUGACCAAAUGAGCGUAGGAAUCUUCAGACCUGGAAAUAUAACUUCCAGUAUCUCCGAACCGUUUCCAUACUGGGUAAAAAGCAAAGCUGGUUUAGUAGGUGCCAUCAUGUUGUUGGGAUCAAAAACAUUACCAAGUUAUUACAUAAAAAAUUCGGCAAUAUCGCACGCCGUACCUGUCGACAUGACAGCCAACGCUUUAAUUACAUGCACCUACGACGUCGUCAAGAAUAAAUCGAAGGACUCCAAAAUCUACAAUUAUACUUCUAACAACAACCCUAUUACCUACUACGAUGCCUAUAUGAUAGGCGACGGAAUUCAGUUGACAAUGGAAGAGUUUAAUAAGAAUAAAACGAUAUUCGUGACCGGCUGCACCGGUUUCUUGGGCUACAUGCUCGUCGAGAAGCUUUUGCGAAAUACAUCUAAAGGUUUAACUGACGACGAAUUGGAUAAAAUUGAAUGCACCUUGAUGCAAGAUUGGCCCAAUUCAUACACGUUCACAAAAAACGCGAACGAGUACCAUUGCGACACAUUUAAAGAUCAAUUUAGUAUUGGAAUCUUCAGACCUGGGAUUAGUGAGCCAACAUAA